CCCCAUAAUUAUCCUCCCCCUCCUCUCUCACUCCCUUCUGUCUCACUUUCUCUCUCUUUCCCGCUUCUCGUCUGUACUGGCCGUUCUGAGAAACAAGAUUGCAGUGGGAAGCUCGUUAUCGUGAUCUGUGGUUUAUCUUGAGUUAUUUCUAGCUAUGGCUCCACAGCCGGUGGAUCACAAAUGCGAGUCCACGGCCGGUGAGUCUCAGAGAUCUAUUCCGACCCCUUUUUUAACGAAAACUUAUCAACUUGUUGACGAUCAUACCAUAGACGAUGUCAUAUCGUGGAACGAAGAUGGAACCAGUUUCGUCGUUUGGAAUCCGACGGUUUUCGCCAGAGAUUUGCUUCCUAAAUAUUUUAAGCACAACAAUUUCUCUAGCUUUGUUCGCCAACUUAACACAUAUGGUUUCAGAAAAGUGGUACCCGAUCGGUGGGAAUUCACGAACGAGUGUUUUCGCAGAGGCAAGAAACAACUUCUGUGCGAGAUUCAGCGUCGGAAAAUCUCAUCGCCUUCGACCACAGCGGCCGGUGCAACUGCGGUAGUGUCAGCCCCGACGGCGCCGCCGCCAUUGACGGCAAUACCAAUCUCUAAGCCUAUCAUAUCGCCUUCAAACUCAGGGGAAGAACAAGUCAUUACUCCGAAUUCAUCGCCGACCGGAACUCCAGCUGAACUCAUAACCGAGAACGAGAGGCUGAGAAAAGAAAACGUUCAGCUGACCAAGCAAUUAACAGAGAUGAGAUCUCUGUGUAACAGCAUAUUCAAUCUAAUGUCGAAGUAUGUAUAUAACCAAAAUAGCAGUUUGCAAGGUAGAGCGGGUGACUUCGCCGCCGUGAAACCGCUCGACCUGAUGCCGGUUGCGCGGAACGUCAGUGACGUGGAGGCGGUGGCGACGGUGGAAGACGAAAUGAAUCCAAAGCUGUUUGGGGUGGCGAUCGGUGCGAAGCGAUCACGGGAAGGCGGCGGCGGCGGAGGCGGAUGCGAUCCCGUGCUAAGCGUGCACAGAGCGGGGCCCGCAGAGAUGAGAUCAGAGCCGUUGGGUUGCCAAAGGCGGCGAGAUAACCAGGAAGCGCCGUGGCUGAAUCAGUGCCAUAACGCGAAUCAGAGAGUUUGUAAUUAACACGUGGCAUCCCCCUCCAACGUCCAAACGAUAGCCUUGGUUGCACGUGACCUUCUUUGCACGCGCCGAGUGGGUCACGUAUUUGGGAUGGGGAUGGAUUCCUGAAGUUUCUGAGAGAUGCAUGCAGACAACAUUAUCUCUCUGUUCAAGAGGAAAAUCAUAGUUCCUCUUUUUGCUCUUUUGCUUGACUUUUUUGUCAUCGAAUUGUAUGGCGACAGCUGGACUUAGGUGUGUUCUAGUGCGGAUCUUUCCCUUACCAUUUUAUACUUUUGUUUUAAAUUAUAAAAUAUUAAUUAAUGUAGAAUGUUAUCGAAUGUCCAUCAUGGUUGAUCGAUGAUGUAUCAACAUAGUACUUCUGGUAUUUAAUGUAAAGUUUUAUUU